AUGCUCUUGGUCACUUUGCGUUGUAUCGCUCGUCAGUCAACACGAUAUUACUCUUCAACGGCACGAGCUGCUGUCUUACCGUCGUCAAGGAUCACCGAGCCGUUGGAAAAGCGCCUGACACACCUUGUUCAACGUCAUGAUAUCCUCCUAUCAAAGUUAAACAGCAGCACACUCGAGUCCAAAGAACUUGUCCAAGUAUCCAAGGAGUUGGCAGGUCUAUCCAAUGUCAAGACACUCUAUGGCGACUGGGAGAAAAGUACCAAUGAUCUUGUACAACUUCAUGACAUGCUAUCUUCUUCCGAGAGUCAAGACGAGGAAAUGGUUGAAAUGGCCAAGGAAGAGUAUACCGAUAUUAUGGGUCGUAUUGGUGAAAUUGAACGUGAUCUAGUGAGCGAGUUGGUGCCAAAGGAUGCUGCAGACGAGGCAAGUGCCAUCCUCGAAAUUCGUGCAGGUGCUGGCGGUGAUGAAGCGGCUCUCUUCUCAGCAGAUAUGGCUCGCAUGUAUGAAAGGUUUGCUCAACUACAGCGAUGGAAAUGGGAAAUCUUGUCAAAAUCAGAAGAUGCAGGAUUCAAAGGACUCAAGGAUAUUACAGUCAACAUUGCUGGUCAAAAUGUGUUUGGAUUGAUGAAAUAUGAAUCUGGUGUCCAUCGGGUACAACGUGUUCCUGCAACUGAAUCACAAGGUCGCAUACAUACAUCAACAGUGACGGUUGCUAUUCUGCCACAGCCCACCGAGGUGGAUAUCCAAAUCAAAGACUCGGAUCUUCGAGUAGACGUUUAUCGUGCAUCAGGUGCUGGUGGUCAACACGUCAACACAACCGAUAGUGCCGUUCGUAUCACCCAUAUCCCUACUGGUAUUGUUGUUGCUAUGCAGGAUGAACGAUCACAACACAAGAACAAAGCUAAGGCACUCAAAGUGCUUCGAGCCAAGAUUUAUGACAUUGAGCGAGAAAAGACUGACAAGGCACGACGUGAUUCAAGAAACAAACAAAUCGGCAGUGGUGACCGGUCGGAAAAGAUCCGCACGUACAAUUUUCCUCAGAAUCGAGUAACCGAUCAUCGCAUUAAUUUGACAUUGUAUGAAUUGGAACCUGUGAUGAUGGGAGAGGGAUUGAUGCGGGUCAUUGAACCUCUACAGGAAGGAGAAUCCACAGCAGAAAUCGUUAGACGUAAACGAGCACAACGUCAAUCGAAACGAGCUGGCAUUACCACGACGAGCACGACCACUACUACAACAACAACGACUAUCGAGUCUACCAUGACAGCAACUAUGGUAUCAGAGACAUGGGAGACGUGGGUCACAGCAGCACCAUUGGAGCGUAUAUUAUGGAUCGUAUCAUUUGCUUGGACCAUUUAUCAUGUCGAUCAUCUCAUGUUUUCUUCCGAGGCAUUAACAACAUGGAUGGGACUCCUUGCGCUGGGAUUGACAGCAUCUCAUUUGGCUGUACGUGUAGCCAAUGCACGCAACAAAGCCGAUGCCACCAAGACCUAUAUUGAUCGUGCCUAUUCGACUACAUCCUCCGAGGAUCAUCUUCCCGAAACGGAGACACCUACCACCAAUUCACCCAUGUACAAAAGGAAGCCAAAGACAAAGCCAUUCCCAAUAGGGCAAAAGACAUUUGGUAUUUAUGGUGCAAGCAGGAAUUCUUUCAGAGCCGAUGCAGAUGAUGGUAUUCUUUGUGGCACUUUGUUGUUACCCAUGGUUGCUAUGGCAAAGGUGGAUGAUGUGGUCAAGUCCGAGAUGGAUCCGAUACGUCUAGCCCAAGUUCAUUCAGCAUUGGAAUUGACAUUGGUGAUGGGUUUAUUAUUCUUAUUGCUUGUAUUUGCCAACACCUUGCUACAACCAAUGCGUCGCAGCUUGCGCAAACGUGGAUUCUUUGUUCUCAGCUUGGCCGUUUCUACCGUUUUUACUUACACCGUCACGCGUCUUUUUCCAUUGACACCAUGCUUACGUCAAGUACCUAAUGCAAUCAAUACCGUGGUGGUGAUGGCUUUCUUGUGGGCGUUGUACAUUUGUACAGUGGCACUGAAACGAUGUUUUACCUUGGGAGAAAUGUGCGUCUUGUCACAAGCAACGGCUGUACUUGUAUUCAACUCCUUGUGUAUGAUGAUGUCCGAAGGUGUACCAAGUUUCCUUAAAAUGGAUAAUCACGUGGAACCUGUCACAGUAUUGCUCCAUGCAGUUACCUUGGGUAUGAUGCUCAUUGGCAUGGCUGCCUAUCCUCUCUUAUGGCGAUCAAGACAUCUUGCCCAGAAACCUUAUUGGCGCUCCAAUCCAUCUGCACAAGCCCUUUCCAGCAUCCAUCGCAAGCGUAUCAUCAUCUCCUUUGCUGUCUAUGUUUUGACAGUGGCAUUUGUUACCUUGGUCAUCGCACCUGUAUGCAAAUCAAUCAUGGAUGAAGAUCCUUUCACGUGGACCUUGUCGUUUGUAUUCCUGUCUCCUCAACGGUUGCUGCUAUGCGUGUAUUGGGCAUUGGCCAUCUCCGCUACGGUCAUUGUUUGGGUAUUGGUACUGGAUUUCUCAUCACCGGAUACGACACAACAACCAUCACCACCCUCCAUAUUCAAUGGCGUUCAGGGCAAGACAUUGACAAGCUCACUCAACAAGAAACGCAAAUUGUUUCAUGCAUUGGCUGUGAUCAUGUUUGUACCAGGUGUAUUGAUGGAACCGGCAUUCUUGCAAUUGGCCUUUGGCGUAGCUCUUUCAGCCUUCCUGUAUCUCGAAUACCUACGUUAUUUCGCAAUUUGGCCCUAUGGAAAGAGCAUCCAUUUAUUUUUGGCCGAGUUUAUCGACAGCCGUGAUCUUGGCCCUGUUAUUCUCAGUCACAUUUACUUGUUGCUUGGAUGUGCUGCACCAGUGUGGUUGAAUAGCUCGAAUCUGUUGGCUUCCGUUUCAGGUAUUCUCGCUCUUGGAUUCGGUGACACUGCAGCAUCCAUAGUCGGCAAACGAUACGGUCGAUGGCAUUGGCCUGGAUCAAAAAAGACGAUCGAAGGAACCAUGGCUUUUGUGGUUACCAUGUAUGCAAGUGCAGUGUUUAUCAUGUAUGGAUCAGCCUUUCUUGGUAUCAGCAGUGCCACCCAUUUCAUCGUCUCCAUGACAUCUGCAGAUUGGGCUGCAUUCUUAAUUACUGCUUCAUUGACAGGUUUGCUUGAGGCACUGUCAUCCCAAAACGAUAAUAUCAUUAUACCUCUGUACAUAUUCGCUUUAAUUUUGCUUACAAAGUAG